CGGGCCUCUCGCUGAGUGGGAAGCACAUCCGAGGCUUAGCCAGAUCGUACCCCAAGCCCUGUUUGCGGUUCAGGGUCAGAAACGGUUGCAUCGGUAAAUCGGGCACCUCUCUCUGCAAUGCAAAUAAGGCGCCCGACCCCUGCACCCACCGCGUCAUAAUGCGUCACGGCUUAGUCUAUAACCCCGCGUGGAUACGCGUCCUGGGCGCCAGAACCGGUUCGGUGCUCCGUUCAGCUGCGACCUGGACGAGCGAGGCAGGCCGAGCAAGCCGGGAAGCAGCAGGGUGGGAGCCUAGCGGGGCCCGCAGCUUCAGCAGCGCCGCAGUGGCUAUGGCCCCGAUCAAGGUGGGAGAUGGCAUCCCCUCCGUGGAGGUGUUUGAAGGGGAGCCUGGGAAGAAGGUGAACCUGGCAGACCUGUUCAAGGGCAAGAAAGGCGUCCUGUUUGGAGUGCCUGGGGCUUUCACGCCUGGCUGUUCUAAGACCCACCUGCCCGGGUUCGUGGAGCAAGCUGAGGCUCUGAAGGCCAAGGGAGUGCAGGUGUUGGCAUGUCUGAGUGUUAAUGACGUCUUUGUGACUCAAGAGUGGGGUCGAGCCCACCAGGCGGAAGGCAAGGUUCGGCUCCUGGCUGACCCCACUGGGGCCUUUGGGAAGGAGACAGGUUUAUUACUGGAUGAUUCUUUGGUGUCUCUCUUUGGGAAUCGCCGGCUGAAGAGGUUCUCAAUGGUGGUAGACAAUGGCAUAGUGAAGGCACUGAAUGUGGAGCCGGAUGGCACAGGCCUCACCUGCAGCCUGGCCCCCAAUAUCCUCUCACAACUCUGAGGCCCUGACCAGAUGAAGAAGGUCCUCUGUCCUUUCCAUCUUCCCUACUCAGCUCUAGGCUGAGAGGCCCAGCACCUCCUCACCUGGGGCCACUUAAAUGUAACUUUGAUCGUAUUUCUGCAAUAAACAGUCUGGUUUGUGUCUGCCUCUGGCAUG